CGGAGGCUGGGCGGGGCUCCCGGGCGCCCUCGGGACGGUGCCGCCCUCCAACUGCUCCCCCAGGCUUCUCUUCGGAAGGUUCACCUCGAAUGAGGAACGAGCGGGGAGGGAGAGGAGGGGCUGCGGCGGCGCGGGCACUGCCAGCCGGGCCCGGGGCGGGGGGCGGCGAGGUCACGUAACGGCUGCUCUGGCGUCUGGCCGAGGAGGGUGCGCCCGCCCCGCAGCCCGAGUCCUGCGCGCGCCGCGGCUCCGAAACAGUUACCGGCUAGUAAACAACAGCUGCGCGCGCACCCGCAUCAGCUGGCGCCGGGAUCCCGCACCUGCGACCUCCUCCCCCGCUCGUCCCCGCCGCCCCCUCCUGCCCCGUCAGGGCCAGCCUGCGUGGCGGUCUCCUCUUCUGCUGGAAUCCGACGGAAGCACCGCGAGGGGCUGACCUGCGCCGGGGCCGAAGUAGGGGAGAAAGCGACCCCAGCCAAGGGCUAGUCCGUCCUGUCACACGCAGGAGGAACCUGGCGAGCCGACCGUGGGAUCGGUGGACUAGCGACGACCUGCCACGACCUCGAGCUGCGGACCGAGGUGUCUUGAUCCGCUAGCCGCCUUCUCCCAGAUCCCAGGGACCAUUCUGCCAGAAGAGCGGGCGCGCCACCCCCGCACACCUCUCGGAGGCAGGCAUCCGCUCUGCCCCUGCAUCCUCUGCUCACCCUUCUUUCCUCGUUCUCCUCCAUCCAGUAGUAAACCACCACCAAGAUGGCUUCGGUUCGGUUCAUGGUGACACCAACAAAGAUCGAUGACAUUCCAGGUUUGUCAGACACCAGCCCAGACCUCAGCUCUCGCUCUAGUUCCCGGGUACGAUUUAGCUCCCGGGAAAGUGUGCCUGAAACAAGCCGUAGUGAGCCUAUGAGUGAUAUGUCUGGGGCCACCACUUCACUGGCAACCGUUGCCCUGGAUCCAGCCAGUGACCGGACUUCUAACGCCCAGGAUAUUACCGAGGACCCGAGUCAGAACUCCAUCACAGGGGAACACAGCCAGCUGUUAGAUGAUGGGCAUAAGAAAGCUCGAAAUGCUUAUCUCAAUAAUUCCAAUUAUGAAGAAGGAGAUGAAUAUUUUGAUAAAAACUUGGCACUCUUUGAGGAAGAAAUGGACACUAGACCAAAGGUGUCUUCUCUCCUCAAUCGCAUGGCCAAUUAUACUAAUCUGACACAAGGAGCAAAGGAACAUGAAGAGGCAGAAAACAUCACUGAAGGAAAAAAGAAGCCUACCAAGACCCCCCAAAUGGGUACCUUCAUGGGUGUCUACCUCCCAUGUCUACAAAAUAUUUUUGGAGUGAUCCUCUUUCUACGUCUCACAUGGGUGGUAGGCACAGCUGGAGUUCUUCAGGCUUUUGCAAUUGUCCUUAUCUGCUGCUGCUGUACAAUGUUGACUGCUAUCUCCAUGAGUGCCAUUGCCACUAAUGGAGUGGUACCAGCUGGGGGCUCAUACUUUAUGAUUUCUAGGGCACUGGGCCCAGAGUUUGGUGGAGCUGUUGGCCUCUGCUUUUAUCUUGGUACCACAUUUGCAGCAGCCAUGUAUAUCCUAGGUGCCAUUGAAAUUUUUCUGGUAUAUAUUGUCCCCAGAGCUGCCAUCUUUCGCAGUGAUGAUGCACUCAAGGAGUCAGCGGCCAUGCUAAAUAACAUGCGUGUCUAUGGUACAGCCUUCUUGGUCCUCAUGGUAUUAGUGGUAUUUAUCGGCGUACGCUAUGUGAACAAGUUUGCCUCACUUUUCCUGGCCUGUGUCAUUGUGUCCAUAUUGGCCAUCUAUGCUGGAGCCAUCAAGUCUUCUUUUGCCCCUCCACACUUCCCGGUCUGCAUGCUGGGUAACCGUACUCUUUCAUCAAGACACAUUGACAUUUGCUCUAAGACCAAGGAAAUUAACAACAUGACAGUCCCAUCAAAGUUAUGGGGUUUUUUCUGUAACUCAAGUCAAUUUUUCAAUGCCACCUGUGAUGAAUACUUUGUUCACAAUAAUGUCACUUCAAUCCAGGGCAUUCCUGGAUUGGCUAGUGGUAUCAUUACAGAGAAUCUUUGGAGUAAUUAUCUACCCAAGGGAGAGAUCAUUGAAAAGCCCUCAGCUAAAUCUGCUGAUGUCUUAGGCAGCUUAAAUCAUGAAUAUGUUCUUGUUGACAUUACCACCUCCUUCACUCUUCUGGUGGGAAUCUUCUUUCCCUCUGUCACAGGUAUCAUGGCUGGAUCAAACAGAUCUGGAGAUCUGAAAGAUGCUCAGAAGUCUAUUCCCAUUGGUACUAUCCUUGCCAUCCUUACCACCUCUUUUGUUUAUUUAAGCAAUGUUGUCCUUUUUGGUGCAUGUAUUGAAGGGGUUGUUCUCAGAGACAAGUUUGGUGACGCUGUGAAGGGUAAUUUGGUAGUGGGUACCUUAUCUUGGCCAUCCCCGUGGGUGAUUGUUAUUGGCUCCUUCUUUUCAACAUGUGGGGCUGGACUUCAGAGCCUCACAGGUGCACCAAGGCUGCUACAGGCUAUUGCCAAGGAUAACAUCAUACCAUUUCUGAGGGUUUUUGGCCACAGCAAAGCCAAUGGGGAACCUACCUGGGCUUUACUUCUAACUGCUGCCAUUGCAGAGCUGGGAAUCCUUAUUGCCUCCCUGGAUCUUGUGGCCCCAAUUCUUUCCAUGUUUUUCCUCAUGUGUUACCUCUUUGUGAACUUAGCGUGUGCCUUGCAAACAUUACUUCGAACACCCAACUGGAGACCCCGAUUCCGCUACUAUCACUGGGCCCUUUCUUUCAUGGGAAUGAGUAUCUGUCUGGCUCUGAUGUUCAUUUCUUCCUGGUAUUAUGCCAUUGUAGCUAUGGUAAUAGCUGGUAUGAUCUACAAGUACAUCGAAUACCAAGGAGCUGAGAAAGAAUGGGGUGAUGGUAUCCGUGGGCUGUCCCUCAGUGCAGCUCGGUUUGCUUUGCUUCGACUGGAGGAAGGACCUCCGCACACUAAAAAUUGGAGGCCUCAGUUGCUUGUAUUACUGAAACUAGAUGAAGACUUACAUGUCAAGCAUCCUCGCCUCCUCACCUUUGCCUCACAACUCAAAGCAGGAAAGGGUCUCACUAUCGUGGGCUCUGUCAUUGUCGGGAACUUCCUAGAGAACUAUGGUGAAGCUUUAGCUGCUGAGCAGACCAUAAAGCACCUAAUGGAGGCAGAGAAGGUAAAAGGAUUCUGCCAGCUGGUGGUGGCCGCCAAGCUGAGAGAGGGCAUUUCCCACCUCAUCCAGUCAUGUGGCCUUGGGGGCAUGAAGCACAACACAGUGGUGAUGGGCUGGCCUAAUGGAUGGCGCCAAAGUGAAGAUGCUCGCGCUUGGAAGACUUUUAUUGGCACAGUUCGAGUGACAACUGCUGCCCAUCUCGCCCUGCUGGUAGCUAAAAAUGUCUCCUUCUUUCCCAGCAAUGUGGAGCAAUUUUCUGAGGGCAACAUUGAUGUGUGGUGGAUUGUGCAUGAUGGUGGGAUGCUCAUGCUACUACCAUUCCUACUGAAACAGCACAAGGUGUGGCGAAAGUGCAGCAUACGGAUCUUCACAGUAGCCCAACUAGAAGACAACAGUAUCCAGAUGAAGAAGGACCUAGCCACCUUCCUGUAUCACCUACGCAUUGAGGCAGAGGUGGAAGUUGUGGAGAUGCAUGACAGUGACAUAUCAGCUUAUACUUAUGAGCGUACUCUAAUGAUGGAGCAAAGGUCCCAGAUGCUUCGGCACAUGCGACUGUCCAAAACAGAGCGAGACAGAGAGGCACAGUUAGUGAAAGACCGGAACUCAAUGUUACGAUUGACCAGCAUUGGCUCUGAUGAAGAUGAAGAGACAGAAACUUAUCAGGAGAAGGUACACAUGACUUGGACAAAAGACAAGUACAUGGCAUCCCGAGGGCAAAAAGCCAAGUCAAUGGAAGGAUUCCAGGACCUGCUUAACAUGCGUCCCGACCAGUCCAAUGUGAGGCGCAUGCAUACAGCAGUGAAGCUCAAUGAGGUUAUAGUUAACAAGUCCCAUGAAGCAAAGCUGGUUUUGCUGAAUAUGCCAGGGCCACCUCGAAACCCUGAGGGUGAUGAAAACUACAUGGAAUUCCUAGAAGUGCUCACCGAGGGACUAGAGCGAGUCCUCCUUGUCCGGGGUGGUGGCAGUGAGGUGAUCACCAUUUAUUCAUAAUCUACUGAAUGACUGUGCCUGGCCUCGCAUUUCCUAAAAGGCCUACAUCUUCCAUGGAAGUGCCAGCUCUUUACUACCACUCCCACUCAAUGGAGGCCUAUGCUCUGUAAACAUCACACUGAACCCUUGAUGCACAGAGUCUCAAGCACUUGGGCGAGAGUACAAAUAGAUCUACUCUUUGCUCCCAUAUGAUCUGCAGUCCUUACAGAAAAAGAAACUAUUUCUUCAACAUCAGAACAAUGGUCAAGUCCUAAAGGCAUGUCUGACCAGUUAAAGGCAAGUUAGAAUUAACAAGCUGAGCCAAUAAAUUGGUAGAAGGGAUGCUAGAAAUUCAACUGAAGACAAAGAAUAACAUUAAAGAUGUCUCAGAAGUCAUGAUUCAAUAACACCAUGGGGGUACACAGCAUCAUCUUACUAAAUAAUUCAAUAUGGGGACCUAGUAUCCUUGUGGAGAUAUAACCCAUGUCUAGCCAAGAUGGAAGCACUUUUAGCUAAUUUUCUUUAGUGUACCUACUGCUCUCCUCUAAUUUUAUAUUAGGGUAAUAAUGUACAAAACCUGAAACAUAGCUGCAGCCUCUACUUCUUCCUUGAAAAUGAGAUUCCUUCAACAUACCAUGUUUAAGUAUCCAUGCUGUCAGUGUAUAUCUCAGCUGUUUGUUUCUCUUAACCCAAACCCAUUUUGUUAUAAGCAGUGUUACCACCAUAGAAAUUGUUUUUUGAAAGGUAAAAAUUAUUUCUUUCAGAUUCUUUUUCAAAUGGCUGAACUAAGGAAAUUCCAAAGGAAGCUAUUAAAAUUUAUUGAAAUACAAUUCCAAAAGGAAGCUAUUAAAAUUUAUUGAAAUACAGUAUGUGGUUCUCUAUGCAACACGGACAAAACAUACAAGCUAUCUAAGAAAUACAGGUCAUGAUGCACAUUGACCAGUAGGUUCUCCUUUCCUUUUCCUUUGUUAUGUCCUGAAUUAGUAGGCACAGGUUAAAAAAUCUUAAGGAACAAAUACUAGGAAGACUGGCUAACAUCCUUCCCUGAAAACUGUGAACCAUCUUUUAAAGGGAGAAUCUAGCAAUGGAAUUGGAAGUUCUAGAGCCAUACUCUUUCCACAGUGCCAAAGUUAUUGAGCUGCUACUCUCCUUACCUACUUCACUAAAGUGGCAUACAGAUUGGCAUCGGCCUGAUUCAAGAAACUUUCCUUUCAUGAAGAAAUCUGUGGCCUCAUCUCCAAAGCCAUAGUUGAGACUUGAGGUACUCAAGACCCAAAGUAUAGGCAUAUUCCCCUUUUCCUUUCAAUUUUAUUCUUCAUUCUGACUGCAAAAACUUGGCUCUGAACUAAGAGAUUAUCCAAGCCAAAAGUCUUCUAUUUCAGUUUUGUUUUCAGACAGCUCUAAAUGUGCCAAGGAAAUAUUUGUACAAGCUCAGCUUUUUAUGUACUGAUUUACUAAUCACAAAACAUCUGGCUUAUAAGCAUGAGAAAACUACCUAUGUGGCUGGCUGAGCAGUAAUUUAAAGCAUGUGAAAUCUCCAUUUCUUUUACAGGAUGGGUAUUUAGAGAAACUGUCUUCUUGGCUAUACUCAUGGCUGUUUUUGAAUUUCGCUUUAUUAAUGACAAAUAGUGCCACUCUUCUUUGAUUACCCAAUAGGAUAUGGAGCAAGAUGACCUAGGUGUCUCAAAGUAUUCAUUGACCUGUAAGGACAGAGAAGAAAACUCUUCAUUAUGGCUUGAGAAGUUGAGUCAUUUUGAUUUGCUCCCUUUGCUCUUAAUUCAACCUUCAGACCCACUCAGGGUAGUAAAGCAGACAGGAUCUUAAGUCUUUUUUUUUCCUGCUCCUUCCUGCAGCGGGUAAAAGCAUUGUUUACAACUCCCACCACAACACUCCAUUGCUUAGUUGAGUAUGUCAGUAGUGGGUCAGGUCCCCGGGACCCAAGAUAUUACUGUAAAGGUUCACCUGCACCAGAACCCCCUUACAUUUAUGCAUCCUUCUGGUAAAAUGAUAUUUUUCUCAUAUGGAACAAAUAUGGACAGAAAAUAAGGUUUUGGAAGUGCUAUUUGUGUUUGUAGCUCUGUAAAAAUCUUUUAAAGGGAUAAGAAAAUUAGUGGCUAUUGAUCUAGCUACUCCUUCAGCCCCUAAAACACAAAAUCACUGUUACAUGGGAAGAUGGUUAUUAGGCCAGAUUUAUACUCAUCUCUGUCUAGAGCAUUUCAUGUCUAUGUGUGUUGCUUAUGUUGUGUCUCCAACAUGUCUUGUCUCUUAAUCACUGCAAAUAAAGCAAUACUGAAAACUUGAUGAGAGAGAAUGCACCUUAGGGGAAGGGGUUUUGUGUUUCAAGAAGGAAGAAAAAGACCUCCUCCUGCCUUUUGAAUAAGAUCCAGCUUUUAAGUCUUACCUAUGACUUUACCAGGGCAGGUUAUAUAAUAAAUAUUCUCCUACUGCUAGCCCUCUGCCUUCCAUAGCUAUCUUAAAAGCUGAAGUUUGAACUGCAGCAUCUGCUCGACAGGCGCCAAGUUCCUCUUGGCAGGGGAAAGAUCACUCCAUAUAUCUUCCGUUGCCUCAGAUUCCUGUGGCCCCAAGGAUCCCACCAAUCCUCAUUCCCCCAAACAUGUUAAGAAUCCCUUAUUGUGGUGUUAAAAUACCAAUUACACUAUUAGCGUAUUUAUGUUCUGUUUUUGUCUGGUUUAUUUUUCUUUUAAUCAUGUAUAAUCUGAAUCAAGCAUUAGUUUCUCAUAUCUUCCACAAGUGUCUACAACAGAAUUUUUGUUCCAGCUUGUAUUAAAUAGAAGUGAAAUAUUAAGGAAAAUAGAUUUAAGGGAAACUUGUACAACUUUUUCUUAAGCAUUGUUCUCAACCAUUUAAUUUAUUAAAAAGAGAUGCUGCUACAGUUCUUGAUUUAGCAGCAACCACUCAUUUGUUUACAUAGAGUUACGGUUUUGUUUUGCUCUGUACUGGAAACAUAAAUAAAGUUUUCUACAUUAUUUUCAGUCA